UACUUUCUGACCUGUUUUUAUAGUUUUGAUAGUGUUUUAUAUUGUUUGCCAGUACUUUCUCCUGUGUGCACUGACGUAAAGACGAAAAGCAAACUGAUACAAGUGCACAUGAAACAUAACUAUCAACCUGUAAAUCCACUUUUGUACUUACACUUAUUUUAGCUUAUCUUUUAAACUUAUAUCCACUUUGUACUUAAUAUAUCCGAGCUGUAUUAUAGUGCGUUAUAUUUUGAUUUACUUAGUAAAAGACGAGCCGCUGUAACAAAGAGUUUCCCUUCAGGAUCGAUAAAGUCUUUCUGAUUCUGCGGAUCAUUGUGAUCACUCUGGUUGUGAUCUGAGCGCAGAGCCUGAUUCCGAACAGGAGAGCCUGAUUUUGCGGUUCUGUAAGCGGUGCGUGAAGAUGAGGUUUUGGGUUUCAGAAAACGUGUUUUAGCAGUUGAGGAAAAACUGUGUUGUGAUCGCCUCGCGAGCACGCCGACUAACGAGGCGAAACAUACGUGGAGAGAGGUUUCAGGAAACUUGUUUAGGAAAACUUAUGUGAUCUGCGUUAGAGUUCAGACAGUGAGGAAGUUUUGAGUGUGUGCUGGCUUUCUGCCGGUGUGUGUGUGUGUGUGUGUGUGUGUGUGUGUGUGUCUACGCCUACUUCCAUGGAAUUCCUGCCGAGCAUCUCACACACCCACAGACAGUUUCACAGGAGGAUUUGAAUGCCGAGCGACAGACGGAGCGGAGGCGAACAUGAACGAACCGACAGCUGCAGGAGAGCUGAAGCCGUGACGGGAUGAACGAACACUUGCUGACCAAUCCUGGCGGAGGUGGCAACAACACCUCGGUGACCAUGGAGCUUGUGAAAUGUUUCCAUGAUGACGACGCGUUCAAGUACCGCGCCUACACCUUCACCUACCUGCUGCUCUUUCCUGUGGCGUUUCUCUGCAACAUCGGAGCGCUGGCCGUCUUUUUCAUGCAGAGCACCCGCAGGAGCUCCGCCUCCUGCGUGGUCAUGAUGAACCUCGCCCUAUCAGACGGCAGCUUCUCCCUCACCCUCCCGCUGCGAUUGGCCUACUACUUCAGGGGCGGGGUGUGGGAGUUCCCUGAUUGGCUGUGCCGACUGUGCGUCUACGGCUUCUACGUCAACCUGUACACAAGCAUCCUCUUCCUCACUCUACUGAGCGUGCUCCGUUGGCUCGCCGUGGCCCGGCCCCUAGGUCACCGUGCGCAGGCCACGCCCACUCGGGCCUUACUGGUGUGUGUGGGAGUCUGGCUGUUUGUGGGCGUGUCCUCCGCCCCCUUCCUGUCCAAUGGGGUGACAAACAGGGCGGGGUUCCCUCGUUGCUUCGAGCCGUCUAACCCCUCCUCUUGGGGGCGUGUCCUGAUCUUAAACUACGUGGCGUUGGCUCUCGGCUUCCUCCUCCCUUUCCUCACAAUCAUCAGUUGCUACAGCAGUCUCGUGCGACGCCUGACGGCCCGCUCUGGCCUCCACGGCAGCGGUCGCCGUCGCAACAGACAUCGCUCGGUGCACCUGGUCGCCAUGGUGACAGCGACCUUCCUGCUCUGCUUCCUGCCCUAUCACGUGAUUCGAUCUCUGCACCUGCACGCCGUGUGCGGCGGCUGGAACUGUGACGUCACGGUGGCGCUACAGCGGGCGGUGGUGGUGACGCUGUGUCUGGCGGCGUCCAACAGUGUGGUGAACCCGCUGCUGUAUUACUACUCCACCAGGACGUUCAGGGACAACAUGAGGGACGCUCAUUCCUCUCUGCUGUCCAGCAGGGGGGGGUCCUUCAAGUCUGGACUGGCUCUGAUCAGGAGAAGGAACACCAACUGAGACCCGGAAGGUCAUCGGAGUCAGAUCUGCGGCAAAAAAAAAACUCAAUGAAAACAAUUAUUUAUAGCAUUCUUUUGAAAAAUAAAGGCGUCACGUUUCCUGCCUUGUAUAGAAGAAGAGAAACCGGUGGACGCAUGAGACCGAAAUCUCUGGCAGCUCUGCAGACAGUGUGAUCGCAUGUGAUGGGGAGGGGCGGGACGGUCACCCCACAACAGAUUUGAUUGGAUAAAUGAACGUAUAGACCCCUGAGUGAGGGAAAGAGGAGGUUUCUGUUAACAACAUAACAACCUGUCCAAUGUCCUUUGAUCCAAACUGAAAGUACAUUACGUCUGCUGAUGUUCUACGUGUCCUCGUGUUCAGACUCAGACCAGCAGCGAACGUAUCUGCUGUUUGUGUUUUUAAAGCUUCACGUCGGAGAUUUGUAUGCGUGUGAACGACUGAAUGUUACGUGCAAACAUGUGAUGUGUUUUCCAGCGAAUAUUAAGUUUAUUUGGUAAGAGAUCGUUUCCGUCACACAGACUGGAAACAUCAAAAGAUCCCACAGGACACAUCUUCUUCUCUUCUCUCCUUUGAUGCUGCAUAUUUUUGUUUAUUUUUACAGAAACAGAAAAAUCCUUAUUUCUGGGAGUAGUAAUCUCUUGUGGCGUGUUUCCUGAGAAGGAGCCAGUACAUAAAGCCGUGGCUGCUCGCUUCCCUCAACUCACCAACUCUCCGCUGUCGUUUAGAUGCACCUCCACUGAAAUAUGAAGAAAUAUCUAAUAUAGAUGACAGCUGAUUAUAGCUCUGACAGAAGGCCUUUCAGUCGGCGUGACGUCGUCUUCAGGCUCCGAAGAUAUUAGAGGAACAAUAAUAAUAAUAAUAAUAAUAAUAAUAACUGAGGACAGCAGCUGAGCCGAGAGCAUAUUUUAUGAAGAAACAUGAAUAGUUAGCUGGUGCUGCCAUUCCUGUUUAGUUUGUAACUAAGUACAUUUAGUAUUUCCAUUUUAUGCACCUUUUACACUUCUACUACAUCUCAGUUCAACUAUCGGACUUUUCACUUCACUGACGGCUUCAGUUACUUCACAGAUCGCAGUGUUUCAUCCCCUUCCUGUCCGGUGGAAACCUCGUAUCUCCAGGUGUUAGUGACGAGCUGAAGGAUGAAGAGUUUCCUUCAUGUGCUGAGGAAACUCCUCCUCCUCCUGAAGCUGAAUAAACUCUUUAACCCCCCCUCGGAUCAGCUGGGAAACGCUUCGUCACAGAGCUGAAAACAGGCUGUUUCUCUGAUACGUGGUUCUCGCAGGACGGCGACGCUGCAAACACGUGAUGACCUUAUAGACCAUGAUGCAUUGCUGCAGGUUAAACUGCCCAACAGGAUAUAAAGCAGUUAAAAUGAGCUCAACCUGAAACAUCUGCAGCAGUAAAAUGCAACACACACAUGAAUGCAGAAACAUCAGAUAUAAUAAACACUGACAGGAAGCGUUUUACUGCACAGGGACGACUCUUAAUAAGUAUAUUUAAUACUAAUAAUACUUUUACUUAAGGUUUUGAAUGCAGGACUUUUACGUGUAGUGGAGUAUUUGCACAGUGUGGUGUCGGUACUUUUGCACUGAAUAUUUCAGUUAUUCAAAUUCAAUAAAACUAACGGUGUAUA